AUGAGUUUAAUUAAUAUGUCUUUUUUAAAUAAAAACUCCAGAACUAUUAAUAAUAUAAAUAAUUAUAAUAUUAUUGAUGCUUAUAAACUGCAAAUAAAUAAAUUAAAAAAAUAUUUUUCUCCAUUAACUGAAGGAAGCUUAUACUCUCUUCAUGUAAAAUAUGGUUUAGAUUUAGAAACAGCUUUAAAGGAAUUCUGUUUGGAUAUAGACAUCACCAUUGAGUGUAUAAAUAAUAAAGAGGUUAUAUACACAAUCAAAACACUAUUAUUAAAUGGUUAUCCAAAUUCAAUAAAUUUAAUAGAAUAUAGCAUAGAAAACAUAGAUCAUGCAAUUAUUUUUUUAUUAAAUAAAAUGGUAGAAAAUAAACCUCUCACCAAACAAAAAAAACAAAGUUUAAUGGAUUUUAAAAUUUAUUUAAAAAACAACCAAAUUAACUCCAUCAUUGAUCUGGUCAAAGACGCCAAGGCCUUAUUUGUUGACUCUGUAGAUUUGCUAUAUUUAUUUGAAAGCUAUUUCUUGUACUACUGUCUUUUGACCAAUGACGAAACAACAAUUUUAAAAAAUCUUCAUAAGUUCAAAUCUAGAGAGCUUCUCCUUAUUUUCUCAAGUUUUCAAGGAAUACCCAGAUAUGUAGAUUUCUUUUUAAAGUGCCAGGACCAAUCAAAGCUAUUUAACUGUCUAAAUGCAGAUUUAAGAUCUUUAGAAUUUAACAAAACCUGUUUAGAAAAUUAUCUAAAUCAUGUGUAUAAAUCCAAUCUUACCGAAGAGCAAAUGCUAAUGAUCUUUAAAACAAUCAUCAUACAUCAAAGUCCAGAAAUAAUAAAUCACUUUUAUAUCUAUUCAGAAAAUAUUAAUGGUAAAUAUAGUCAUUUAAUCAAAAACAAUUUCUUUAAAAUGGUGAUAUAUCACUCUGACAAUAGCUAUAAUAUGGAAGCACCAUCCAAACUUGAUGUCAUAAUUUCAAGUCUUCUAAUGGAUAAAAGAGAAAACAAAUCUUUAGCUCUACAAAUCAACAAUGAUAUCAAUGAACUUGAAGUAACAUAUUUCAGACAAAACAGCGCCCAAUUUACAAAUAACCUAUUAUAUAUUGUAUCUAAAAAUAAAGAAGUCAGCUUUUUAAUAGAAGUUAUCAAAAAUGUAAUUUCAUCAUCCCAAUUUUUUGAAAUAGAUGAAGCAAUCAAUUUCUAUAAAAAACUAGAUCAAGAUCUAAUGGUAUCAGUAUUUAAAAACCAAAAAAACCGAUUCUAUUUUAAAAAGUCCAGUCUAUUAGUUUCCUGUUUAAUUACUUCAAUGGUUAAUAAUGAUAGAAAAACAAUUUGCAAUAUCAUAUCUUCAACAUUCUCAAAUAAUAUUGAUAUUGAAAUUCCAGGACAUAUAUACGAAUGCUACCAUAUAUUAGAGUUUUUAAUCGCUAAUGGUUAUCUAAAAGAAUUUGAUUUAGAAUUUUUAAUAACUCAAGUAAUAAGAUUGGAUAAAUUUAAUAAAGAUCAAUUUAUCGAAUUUUUAUCAAUAAAUUUAAAAGAAAAUAGCAAUGAUUUUAGUUUUUUAAAAACUAUUAUUCCUGUUAUUCAUUUGGAUAUUCCAACAAUUUUGGACAAAGAUAAUAAUAGUAACAAUAAUAAUAAUGAUAAUGAUGAAUUUUUGUAUGAAGAUGAUUUCUAUGGUUCCGAGGGUGAAGACAAUGAAGAUUAUGAAGAUAGUGAAAAUGAAGAAACAAAUACCCCCAAUUUUAUUGUAGGUGAAGAAGAUGAAGAUAGUGAAAAUGAAGAAACAAAUACCCAAAAUUUUAUUGUAGGCGAAGAAGAAACAAACACCCCCAAUUUUAUUGUAGGCGAAGAAGAUUAUAUUAAUGAUGAACCAGCAGAUGAAAGUGUUAUAUCAUUAUAUAAAAAUAUGGAAAAUUUAAAAUUUAAAAAAUAAAAACAAUUAAAAUAAACUAAUUUUUAUAAA